CUUUUAAAAUGGGCUUUAAUUAGAAAACAACGCAAUAAAGAUGGCUGUUUUGAUAGAGACCUCCCUUGGUGACAUUGUGGUAGAUCUCUAUACAGAGGAACGUCCCAAGUGCUCCAUAAACUUCCUCAAGCUAUGCAAACUCAAGUACUACAACUAUUCGCUCUUUCACACGGUACAGAGGAGCUUCUUGGCCCAAGCUGGAGACCCCACUGGAACUGGUGCAGGUGGAGAGAGCGUGUGGGGAGUUCUCAAGGGAGAGCAGUAUCGCUACUUUGAAAUGGAGGCCAUUCCUCGUCUAAAACACUUGAAGAUGGGUACACUAUCGAUGGUGAACAACGGCAGUGGGACCCACGGAUCUCAGUUCCUUCUGACACUUGGGGAGAGUGUGGACUAUCUUGAUAGUGUGCACACUGUGUUUGGAGAGGUGGCCGAGGGAGAGGAUGUGUUGAUGAAGAUCAACGAGGCGUACUGUGAUCAGGACGGACGACCAUACCAGGACAUCAGGAUCUACCAUACCGUCGUUCUAGAAGAUCCAUUUGAUGACCCUGAAGGUUUUAAGCUUCCCGAACGUUCACCAAGUCCACCGAUGGUUAUCGCCGAUAGCAACCGUAUCGGAGCUGAGGAAGACAUCGAUGACUAUAAAGGAUUAUCAGAGGAUCAAAUCAAACAGCUGAUCACCGACAGAGAGUCAAAGGCAAACGCUCAAAUCCUGGAAAUGGUGGGAGACAUUCCCGAUGCUGAUGCAAAGCCACCGGAGAAUGUCCUCUUUGUGUGCAAGCUCAAUCCAGUUACCACUUCGGAAGAUUUGGAAAUCAUUUUCUCACGUUUUGGAGCCAUUAUCAGUUGUGAAGUGAUCUGCGAUCAGAAAUCAGGAGAUUCCCUUCAAUACGCUUUUAUUGAGUUUGAGAAUGAAGACGAUUGCGAGAAAGCGUAUUUUAAGAUGGAUAAUGUACUUAUCGAUGAUCGCCGAAUUCAUGUCGACUUCAGUCAGUCAUUGGCUAAAGUGAAGGGACUUCACAAGCGAAAAAUGUCGCAAAUGGAAGAGCCUGAUUGUACCACACCAAACGAUGGACUGGUCGCAACAAAGAGGGAGAAACCAAGCGGCGAAAAAUAUAAGAUGGUGGUUGAUGAUGAAAGUGAGGGUGGGGAAAAGAGAAGAGAUAAAGGAAAAGAAGAUCGAAGCCAUCGCUCUGAGAGGGGCCACCGUCAUCAGAGAGGAAGAGAGGAGAAGUCUUCUAGGAGGCAUCGAUCUCGUUCAAGAAGUCGAGAUAGAUCGAGUAAACAUUCCCAACACAAACACAGACGCUCUAGAAGCAGAUCUAGAGAUAGGCAUUAUAGAUCCAAGCGUUAGCAUUACAAAUAUUGCUCUUCAAUUAUUGUAUGCAAAUCCUUGCACAUUAACAGUUAGUGUUCUA